GAUGGAGACCUCAGCUCAGCUCCGGAGCUUUCUUCAGCCAAGAGAGACGCCCAACCCCAAUCUUCCACCAUGGUGCACUGGACCGCCGAAGAGAAGCAAAUCAUUCAGAGCAUUUGGAGCAGGGUCGAUGUACCGGCCGUGGGGGGCGACGUCCUUGCCAACCUGCUCGUCGUCUAUCCCUGGACCCAGAGGUUCUUUAGCCACUUUGGGAACCUGUCCGGCUCAACCGCCAUCUGUGGCAACCCCAUGGUCAAGGCCCACGGCAAGAAGGUGCUCCUCUCCUUCAGCGAUGCCAUCAAGGACAUGGACAACAUCAAGGAGACGUUCUCCAAGCUGAGCGAGCUGCACUGCAACAAGCUGCACGUGGACCCCGAGAACUUCAGGCUCCUGGGCGACAUCCUGGUGAUUGUCCUGGCCAAUGACUUCAAGAAAGACUUCACCCCCGCCGCCCAGGCCGCCUUCCAGAAGCUGGGCGCCGUGGUGGCUCACGCCAUGGGACGCCAGUACCACUGAGCCCCUCCCGAGCGGAGGCCGCGCCCCCUUGCCGCCCCCGGCCAGCCCCACGGGGCCCGCGAAUAAAAGUUGCCCCUGCAAUCCGA